AGAACUUUUCAGAGAGAGAAGAGAGAACCCCCUCCCCCCCCCCCAAAAAAAAAAAAAUCAAGGAAAAAAAAAACAAGCAGAUACACACUAAGCAGGAGAGAAUAGAAGCAGUAGAAGAAGAAGACAGAGAGGCUAUUUUUCCCAUCGGUGUCUCCGUCACCACCCUCAUUCCUCCUCACUUUGGACAGCACAUUUGGCAGCUUCAAAUGGGUGGUGGAUGUAGCCUGUCUGAAUUGGCGGAUUUCUUCUGAAAAUGGUCGAUUUUAUCUCGAAUUUCAGAUUUUGAUAUUAUGUUGGGUUUUCUAAUAUUCAGGUGGUUUUGAACGCUGAAGUGAAGUGCUUGUUAAGUUAGGCCUUUUAGGAGGAGCUUUUGAAUAAAUUAUAGCGAGCGGCGACCGUUUGAAACUAGUGUUAAAGCUGGUUGUUUUGCGUAGCAAAUGGGUGGUGAUAGUGAUGAGGCUAGUAGUGCUAUGAUGCAAAGGCUUCAAUCAUCAUUUGGUACCUCAUCAUCUUCAGUUCCUAUACAACAGCAACAGCAGCAACAGUUACCCAUGUCCGUGAAUCAAAUUGAGGUACCCCAGUUGAAUUCCUCGCAAUUUCGAGGUCAGAUGCGGCAGUUUUCUCCAAGUUUUAGUGUUGAUGGUAGCAAAAGGGCUGGCAUACCGCCUUCUCACCCUCAAAUGCCCCGUGUUUCUCCCUAUUCACAGAUCCCAGUAACCCGGCCUGGAAAUCAGCAAUCGGGAAUUCAAAUUUUUGGUAAUACUUCAGGUCCAGGGCCCUCACACACACGAUCUUUGUCACAACCUUCAUUUUUCUCGCUCGAUUCAUUGCCUCCCUUAAGCCCUUCCCCUUAUAAAGAAUCCUCUCCGAGCUCCAUUUCUGAACAUCAUCUAUCAGUUGAUGUUUCUAUGGAGGAUCAAAAUGCCAAUUCACAAUCAUCAUUAUUGCCACCGUCCCCUUUCACUAGGGGUGUAAAUUCUUUAAGGGUAGGGGAAAAUCUUCCUCCCCGUAAGACGCACAGGCGGUCUAACAGUGAUAUACCAUUUGGAUUUUCUACUAUCAUGCAAUCCUCACCGCCCCUUGUGCCAUUGCGAAGUCCCGGUGCUGCCAUCCCUCCGAGAGAAAAUUCAGUUGCUAAGCCAGCACAAUUGGUGAAACGCGAAUCCUUUUGGGAGAAAAGUAGCGAGGCCAAUGCAGAGGGUAUGGGUGAGAGAAAAUCUGAGGGGGAGGUUGUAGAUGAUCUGUUUUCUGCUUAUAUGAAUUUGGACAACAUAGAUGCACUGAAUUCUUCUGGAACUGAUGAAAAGCAGGGCACUGAGAACCGUGAAGAUUUGGAUAGUAGAGCUAGUGGUACAAGGACAAAUGGUGGUGAUAGCAGUGAUAAUGAAGCGACGAGCAGUGUAAAUGAAAGUAGUAAUAGCAUGCAGAGAUUAGGAAUCUCUUCUUCAAGUGAGAAGAGGGAGGGUUUCAAAAGGAAUGCCGGGGAAGAUAUCUCUCCAGCUUCAAGACACUAUCGGAGCGUUUCCAUGGAUAGCUUCAUGGGCAAGUUAAACUUUGGUGAUGAGUCACCAAAAAUGCCUCCAUCCCCAGGAGCUCGUGCUGGGCAACUGUCACCAAGCAAUUCUCUCGAUGCAAAUUCAAAUACCUUCAGCUUGGAGUUUGGAAACGGCGAGUUUAGCGGGGCAGAACUUAAGAAGAUUAUGGCAAACGAGAAACUAGCUGAGAUUGCUUUAUCUGAUCCUAAAAGGGCCAAGAGGAUUUUGGCCAAUCGUCAGUCUGCCGCUCGUUCAAAGGAGAGAAAGAUGAGAUAUAUUGCUGAAUUGGAGCACAAGGUUCAAACUUUACAGACUGAAGCAACCACAUUAUCUGCCCAGCUAACACUAUUGCAGAGAGAUUCUGCUGGACUGACCAGCCAGAACAAUGAAUUGAAGUUUCGCUUGCAAGCCAUGGAACAACAGGCACAACUGCGAGAUGCAUUAAAUGAAGCAUUAACAGCGGAGGUUCAGCGCUUGAAGCUUGCAACUGCUGAGCUGAACGGUGAUCCUUCCAAGUACCAGCAGCAGCUUGCCAUGAGUUCUCAAAUGUUUCAGUUGCAUCAUCAGCAGGCUGCCCAACUUAACAUUCACCAGCUACAGCAGCAGCAAUCUCAGUCACCACAGCAGCAACAGACGCCUGCCAAGCAUGAAACCAACCAAUAAAUUUGGUGGAUGAUGUUGGGUUGGUGGAUGAUGGUGUCUUUUUUUUUUGUUCAUCUUGCGCUUUCCUCAAUUUGAUUUCAUUCAUCAGUUUUUUUUUUUAAUUUAAAAAAAAAAAGCAUUCAUUCAUUGUUUUGCAUUUCAAACAGAAAGGUACUUCUAUAAGAGUUAGUAGUAUUUUGUUUCCAUAGAGACCCUACAAAUCCUGCAUGGUUUUGCAAAACAACUUCUAGAAGUCAAACAUACCAAAAAAAAAAAAAAACUUGUGUAGCUUUGGCUCGUGUGCUAGGGAAUUAAUGUGCACGUGACUUGGUUUUGUGAUAUCAUCUUCAAAGCAGAAAUGCAUAAUUAUUAUGUACUUCGUAUCCUUGUAACAACAAACAGUAGUAUAUAAAUAUCUCACUUGGUAUUUCGGUUG